CGAGCCCGGGUAAAAACUCCAAACACCCAGCAGGGUGGCAGCGCACACGAAAGAACGCGGCGAAAGGAAAAGCGAGAAAGAAAAGAAAAGGAGGGCCGAGAGACGAGGGGGAAGAGAGAGACCUCCACUCACCCAGCCGGAAAGCACUGAGCCCCCGCGAGGAACGCGUGACCUGGCCGCGGCUGCGCCGUCGGGAUCUGCUAGGGUUACGCUGGGCGGGUGGGGGCUCUGGUCAUGGCGAGCCCGCGGUCGGCCGGCGCCGGCACCGGGGGCGUGGCGGGGGACGAGGCGAUCUGGAGGAAGCUGCGCGAGGCCGGGUUCGACGAGGACGCCGUCAGGCGCCGGGACAAGGCGGCACUUAUCGCCUACAUCUCUCGACUCGAGUCGCAGAUUUAUGAUUAUCAACACAAUCUCGGGCUUAUUUUGUUGGAGCAGAAGGAGUUAACAUCCAAGUAUGAACAACUUAAAGCUUCUUCUGAGUCCAGUGAGAUCAUGCUCAAGCGUGAACGAGCUGCCCAACAAUCUGCUUUAGCUGAAGCAAGGAGAAGGGAAGAAAAUCUGAGAAAAAAUUUAGGCAUUCAGAAGGAGUGUGUUGCCAAUCUUGAAAAAGCACUGCAUGAUAUGCGUGGUGAAACAGCUGAAAUAAAGGUUUCAUAUGAAGCCAAACUGGCUGAAGCCCUUCAAAUGAUAGAGACAGCACAGAAGAAAUUUGAUGAAGCAGAAGAGAAACUUCUCACAGCAAAAUCUUUGGAAGCAGAGUCCAUUCGGACUCGCAAUGCUUCAUUGAGAAGUCUACAUGACAUUGAAGAUCGUGAAGAUCAACUAAGAAGAUACCGCAUUUCCUGUGAAUUUGAGAUCGAAAACAAAGAGAAGGACAUUAGCCUCCAGAGGAAAAUGUUGGAUGAUACCAAGAAAAUUUUGCAUGAAAAGGAGCAGGUAUUACUGAAAGAACAAGCACUUCUUAAUCAGAGGGAUGACAACAUCCUUGAGAGGCUUGCAUACGUAACUCACUCAGAGAAAAGGUUGGAGGAGGAAAAGUUGAAUCUGGAAGAUGAAAAGAAGGCUCUUGUGGAAGAGAAAAGUAAACUGGAUCUGAAAAUGGAGGCAAUUAUUUCUAGCGAGGAAGCUAUAAUUCAGAAGGAAUCCUUACUUGACAAACGUGAAAGCGAACUGUUGAUUUUCCAAGAGACCAUUGCAAGCAAAGAAAGGGCUGAGAUAGAAAGGCUGAGCCAGGAGCAAGAAAUCGCCAUGGUGAGGAGAAAGCAUGAAUUUGACACUGAGAUGGAGAAUAAGGUCAAGUUUUUUGAGGCAGAGAUCAAGACGAGGAAAACCUUGCUGGAUGAGAGAGAAACUGCCCUCAAUGAGCAGGAGUGUGCAGUGGCACAAAGGGAACAAAAUGUCAAGCUCCAACUUGCCGAGUUAACAAACAAGGAAGAAUCUUUGGUGAAGAGAUCAGAUGAGUUGAAGGAGGCAGAGGGAAAGCUCUCCUCUCACAGAGAAGCACUGCACAUCAAAUUGCAAAAAGAAGGGGAGGAAAUUCAGAAUAUGAAAUUAGAUUUGGAGAAGGAAAAAGCUUUCUUUGAGGAGGAGAAGCGGGAAGCGAUUCAAGCUCAGGAGAAUCUAGCAAUAACCCAAAAUGAACGAGAAGAUUUACUUAAUCUGCAGAUGAAACUUAAAGAAGAAAUUGAUAGUCUGAGAGCCCAAAAAGUGGAACUCAUGGUUGAUGCUGAGAGGCUGCAAGCAGAAAAAGAAAGGUUUGAAAUUGAAUGGGAGCUGAUUGAUGAGAAGAAGGAAGAACUACAAAAGGAAGCAGUCAGGAUUGCCGAAGAGCGAGGAAUAAUAGCUGAGCAUCUCAAGAAUGAACUUGAUAUCAUCAAACAAGAGAAGGAAAAUCUCCGUGUCCAGUUCAAAAAUAAUUCAGAAUCCCUUGCUUGUGAGCAUGAGGAGUUCAUGAGUAAGAUGCAGCAAGAGCAUGCUAGUUGGCUAAGCAGGAUACAACAAGAAAGAGAAGAUCUUAAGAGAGAUGUUGAUAUCCAGAGAAUGGAGUUGCUGAAUUCUGCCAAGGCAAGGCAGAUGGAAAUAGAUUCAUAUUUAAGGGAAAAAGAAGAGGAGUUUGAGCAGAAGAAAUCCAAGGAGCUUGAGCACAUGAAUUCUGAAAAGGAAGUGAACAACUCAAGUCUAGAACAUGUCAAGCUUGAAUUGCAGAAACUUGAGGAUGAGAGGAAAGAAGCUAUGCUGGAGCGUCAGAGGAGAGAGCAAGAGCUGUCUGAGAUAAAGAACAUUGUUGAUGCCCUUAAUAAGCAACGAGAGAAGUUGCGAGAGCAAAGAAAGCUGCUUCAUUCAGAUCGAGAAGCAAUUACACAGCAAAUCCAGCAGCUUAAUGAGUUAGAAGAGCUGAAGAUUGAAUCUGAGAACAAGCAACUGUCUUUGAGACCAUGUGGGAAGACCAAGCAUGGUAGUGUGGAGAAGGUGAAAGUUCUCCUGUCUCCUGAUGAGGAUCAAAAUGCUAGUCCCAAGAAGUGUUCAUCACCAAAACUUCUCCUUGGAAGAAAAUUACAAGUGUCCCCUUCAGUCUCAACACCAAUUUCUUGGGUUAGAAAAUGUGCCCAGGUGAUAUUCAAACGUUCUCCAGGGAAGAGUGCUGAUCAUGAUAAUGAUAGAUUAGUUCAGAACUGUGUACCCGCAAAGUUGGGAAAUGCCAAUGACUCUAGCUUUGCUCCUGCCUAUUUAGGGGGUAAAUCUAAUGGAUUAUUUGCUGAUCAGCUAGAAAAUGGUGCUGGAGAUGGUGUAAAAGUUGGGGAAAAGAGGCUUAAUAAUACCCUCUAUCAGGAUGAGAGAGAAAUUUUAGAGCCAAAAAGAAAGCACCGAAGGAGCACUACUGAGACUCAGAGAGUGAUAAGAGGGGAAAUUGAUUCCACUUGUCCAUCAGUUCUAGAAGAAAAAUGUUCAAAGAAUGAGCACGAUGCAGUCCCAGUUGGUUUAUCUGGGAGCAACAAGGAUCAUGAACUCGAAAACAAUGGACUGCACAAUUUAAGAACAGGAGAUCUGGAUUCAUCUGAUGAUGUGCUUUUCGAAAAUGGGAAAAUAGAUACUUCAGAUUUUCCUGAAGGUGACGAGCCUUCAGAGAUCUCACUGUCUGCAUCCGAACCAUUGAAUGGAGAUGAUGGACUUGAGGACAAGGAUGAACACGCUGAGGACUUUGAUGACGAAGCCGAAGAGGAAGAGAAGUCAUCAUCAGCAAAGAAGUUGUGGCGUUUUCUCAUCACAUGAUUAUCUUCCCCAUAUGAUAGAUAUGCAGAGCUAACCGUAGGCUGACAGUUACCUGAGGCUGCAUGCAGGCGGUUAGUUGUGUGCAUGUGGUAUUGUGAGCAGCGCGCGGUUUUGGAAGGCGCUGUGGAGUUCGCCACUUGUUUUUCCUGUUUUCUUGUACCCAAGGCUUCAACAUGUAAAGUGGUUGAUAGCUUCCACGUUCGUGUAAAAAUGAUGGUUCUUAGGAAACCCGGACGGUUAGCCGCAUUGUCCAAAAGUGUGUAAGCGUUCGCUUCUGUUGCUUGUUCGAUCUGUUCCAGUGAUAUAACGUAGGUGAUUUGACCACGGCUUCCUGUGCCUCAACCUGCUUUGGCAACGGCUGAUGUUGCCUCAAAGAUUUCAGCUUUGGAUCUGUGUCUGCUGUGUUGCAUCUUGUAAGGUCUGGGGUUGCUUCUUUGUUCCGGCACGAGGAUCUGGAUGUGCUUCCUUUGUAUUUCCCUUCUUUCCAGAGUUGUGUUUGUUGAAAGGGGAUGUAACAUGCUCCAAUGUUAAUAUAAUCCCUU